AUGGCCGAAGUGAUCGCUAGUGUGUUAAAAGGUCCCGCUAAAUUUUUGGCAAACAAAGUCCGAAAAGGUGCAGCGAAACGUCUGUUUGAUGGCGAUGAGGUUGAUCGAGGCCUUGCAGAGACUAUCAUUCCUGAUGCCGACCAUACCAAAAGGAACUUUAAAGCAAUAAACCGAACACAUCUUCAGGCGAGUAUCAAUUUCUACUAUGAAGGAGUUGAAUCUAUUGCUUUUGAUGCAGUGGACAGUCCACCACCGAUCAAAAGAAGGAAAAUAGCUAUAGACCACAGCCCUCCAGCAAGGGAAGUAGAUAUUGCAAAUUUCUGUCAAGCUAAUGUAAAGCUUAGCCCUGAUUCAAAGAAAAGGUUUAAGGAUGCCCGUAAACAAGCAGUGUUAGCCCUAAGCAAUACAGCUCUGGAAACGAAGGAUAGCGUUUUAGCUAUGUACAUCAAGGUUAUGGCGCAGCUGCUUGAAGAAGCCGAUGAUCCAACGAGAGCAUUACUAUUUUGUAAAGGAUAUCUUGAAGACAUGCAUGGUAUGAAAACGAUUAUAGCCAACAUUGCCACUGAAUUUCGUAAAACUCCUAAAAAACAACUGAAAAAGGUUGACCGAAGACGUAUUAUCUCGUAUGUUUCUCAUGUGAAUCGCGUGAUUUUCGAUAUCGCACAGUCGUUCGGAGGAGACAGAGUGUUUCGAGAUCUCUUUAUCUGGCCCACAAUUGAAAUUCAAAGUAAAGGAAACGGAAAGGAGGAAAUUGAUGUUUUGCGAGAUCCCAGAAUAGACGAGGUGCUGCAUAAGGAAGGUAUGAAACCUAUUUCUGUGGUAUGGUCGUUUGGCGAUCAAAGUGAAGAAGAAGAGCACAAACUGAAGCGUCCUCAAUCCAUCGCUACGAACACAAAAGGAGAAUUUGUUGUGCUAGACGACAUGGCCAUCAAAAUCUACGACAGCAGCGGCGGAUUCCUCCGCUGUCUUCUGAAAGAUUGCAAAUUUGAAUUUCAUACUGUUGACGUUGACACUGACAAUGAAGGCAACUUGUAUUUGCUCGCUUGGGAAACCAGUAAAGAGCAUGGAAAAAACAUGGAAGAAUUGUUUGAAGUGUUUGUCUUCGACACGAACGGUGAGUUCAAAAACAAAUUUUCUCUGAGAAAUAAGUCCAAAGGACACAAACUAGCUUUGAACUCACAUGGCAACCAUACUGAAGUGCUUGUUCUGGAGAGCGGUGAAACAGGGUUUCAUGACAAGUCUGACAAGGUUGGAGUGUACCGCUACAAGACUGAGGGUGCGUUUGAUCGCCAAUUCGGGAAUGGAAUUUUGCGGGAUGCGAAGGAUAUUGUCAGCGCUACUGAUGGUCGUAUUUUGGUGUUGGAUGAAAGUCGUGGACCUAAAGAGAAGAGCUGUGUUCUCGUAUUCGACGCAGGGAAACAGCACCUUUCCAGUAUUGACGUAUUUCCCGGUUCUGUUGCCAUAGGGUUUCAUCGUGUAAGCGAACACGUUGUCAUCAUCUCUGUUUCCGAGGACCGAGAAGAACUGCUUUGGUCAAUAAACAACGUCAACGGUGGUUGUGUGGAGCGCACCGACAGGCGUCCUGAAGCUGGAAUUCAGUCAGCAGACAUUACAGUGACUCCAAAAGGUCGUAUCGCAAUUGCUGUAACACAGCUCUAUGGCGGUCAACCUAAAGGAAAGGUAAUCGUGUUGUAAAAGAAGUCGGGCUUUAAAUACUGUUCUUGCUGAUGUCAUUAAGUGACAAUCACGUAACAUUUCCUUUAUUUAGGGCGAGAUUGCAAACUGAGUAAAUUGCUAUGUCUCUCGAUAAAUUUCAGCUGAACUAGGCUCCUUUUUUAAACUGCCCCUAAAUAAUUCAUACGUAUAUUACUGAAGACGUAUGCUUUGUUUAAAUGUUGAGCGUGUGUUCAAUUUUCACGAACUGGGGACAAGGGUAAUUAAACCAAAAUCUCUUCCGCAGCUUGACUACACUCGAAACGAUGUAGACGGAAAAAAUGCCCAGGAUUGCGUAGUCUACAUACGUGGCCCACAUGACAGCAAACAAAUUCUCUUUACUAAUCUAGACGCAUUUCUAAGGAUAAUCUUUCAGGGAGAAUCAUCAACAGUUACUAAAUUAUAUUAGCAUUCUGACCCCCUUUCAAGCUGGAAUUUGUGUUUUGAAAGUAUAAACGUGUGAUUAUAAAGUGGUAU